UUACCAGUGUAAAAAAUGCAGUGUUAAAUGUUAAUAACUCCCAAAAAGUUGAAUUAACAAUCUACAGUGUUGAUGAGUACACCCUGUCUUUGUAGUUGCAGGGUGCAACAUUAUGUGAUUUUAUUUUUACACUAAAAGUGCAAAAAGACGCGCCAAAUUGUCUUGACUCCACCCUCAACGACUGCCUUGUGGGGCAAUUACGCCAUUUUGUCUGCAUGCGACGGAGAAGGUAAGUCUGUUUCUGUGCUUUUCUUGUGUUAACAUUAUUUAAAUAAAAAAUACACAUUAUCUCGAAUACGUUUAGAAAUAACUGUUCUGCUGAUGUUUCUUUUAGGAUUAAGGAUGCUCAUUAAAGUGAAGUUCAACCAUGAACAAAAGUUUGUUAAAGUUUCUGGCGCCGACCUGAAACUCUCUGAUUUUCUGGAUGAAGCCUUUGUGAAAUUCGGAAUUCCCGCCUCCAAACGCGCAGAGACCAGGCUCUACGAUUCGUCUUACACAGAAGUUGAUGAGGAUGUUUUCGAGGAGGUUAUAAAGCAGCCAAAUUUAGGCGUUUUUAUUCUUCGAUUCGAAAACUCGUCACAAGAUUUGGCCCAGGUCCCUUCUGUGACAAGUGAAGAAAGCUCAUUGCAGAAUGCAAACUAUGAAUCUGAUGACACCAGUCUUCUAAGUGAUGGAAGUCCUUCAAGAAAGCAACAGAGGGUUGAAGACGAAGCCAGAAUUUUGGUCCAAAAAAUCCUGCAGACUAAACCUGGUGGAGACGCAAUCAUCAGGGAAUACAACAAAACCAAAAGCUUGACUGACAGCACCAGGAGAAAGAUGAUCAAGAUUCUUACUGCAGAUAUGACUGAAAAACACAGCACAUCUCCACCCAGAAAUAUUAGGGAAAUGUAUGCCCAAGGAAUCGUUGCCCUGUUUCCAUAUCUUCGUGAUCCCUACACAAAGAAUGGAUAUGAACAUUAUUAUGACCCUCAAAGUGGACAAGGUUACCUGACUUGGAAAAUAAAGAACAUUCAGAGGAACAGUGCAUCAUCAGAGAACUGUAGACGUUCCUCACAGUCUUUCAGUGGUGGCCCAACUUCGGAAAGAGAGGCUGCAUCCAGCACAGAUGUUAUUCUCACUGAAGAACAGUGUAGAGAAGCAGUUUCUCUAAUGAAACACACCUCAGAAGUGGACACCAUCAAGAUCAAAAUGAAGGAGACAUUUCAGUACCGUCGCAAGAUGAUUCAAGACCCAAACAGAAGCACUGAUGUGUUGACAGAAUUUCCACGCUUCUUGGAUGUUCAAGGCCUGAUUGAACAGGAUUUUGUUUUGCUCUUUGGUGAAAAGACGACUUCUAAGCUUUUAGAAAGGUGGCCAACUACAUUCAUGCACAAAGUUAUUCAGCAAAGCAAAAGUCUUAACUCCUCCCAAGCUCUUCAGGACUUGAUUGACUGUGCCGAAAUGACUGUGAAGGAGAAUGAAAUAGGGGAUGCAGGAUGGAACAGUGACAUUGCUUCUAUUCUUCUUUUACUUCAUUUGAUCCCACCUUCACCACAAGGCAGAAAGAGACCUGGAAAGAUGUCCGCAUCUCAAGCAGAAAAACACCUCGUCAUCUUCAAAAAGGCCGGUACUAACAUACAAGAGCACCUGGACUCAAUUGAAGAAAGCACACAGCCAUACCUGCUUGCCAUGGGUCCAAAGAAGAACAGCAUUCAUGUAUACUACAUCAUUCUCGACAAGAAAGCCAUACCGUGCAAAUCAGUGAGUGGUCUCAGUGCCUUUGAUGAACUUUUCAAAGCGCACUUUGUGUUUGGUGCAUCUUACAGCAAAGUCCUGCACAACAUGUACACCUUUGUACAAACAACAGUUUUUCAGAUUGACAUUGGGAAAGUCAAAGAGUGCCCAAGAGUUGCUGAACUCAGAGCUAGAUUCCUGCGUUAGAUUUGAUUGCUGGGAAAAAUGAUUUGUUUUGUUUGUUUUUGUUGUCUGAAAAACACAAAUGUUCUUGUUCGACAUCUAAAGUUAAUUCAUGGGCUCUUGCCUGGCAAAUCACUUAGACUGAAAUGUGGUGAAGCAGGUUGCUGUUUAGAAUUUGCAACUUUUUCAGGUUUUCGCAAACAUUUAAAAAGAGUUCAUGAAGCAGGUGAAGUUUUGUUAUGUGUAGAGGAUGAUGCUGUUGUUCAUAAUGCAGUUGGGCUACCAAGUAAUACUGAUGUGGCUACAUGUUCAAAGGACAGUUCUUUGCCAGUUCCCAGCAAAAACACUACCGAUUUGUGUGCAUCAGCAAUAGCACAAUUGCAAGCUGCAGGUGUUAGUCAGACUACUGUUGAUACUUUUGUUAUGUCUAUGGAGGAAGUAGUUCAAGACAUCCAGGAUCAAGUAAAAGAGACCGCUAUAAAAUGCUUAUUUUCAGAAAACACGGACAUUAAAAGUUCAAUUGAGCAGUCAUUUCAUGAAAUUGAAAACCCUUUCACCAUGCUUAAUUCCAUAUCUAAACGAAAAUCAUAUUUUACAAAAAAAUGGGGAAUUGUCCAGCCUGUGGAGAAAGUAAUUGGGGUCAGAUUUGACAGCAGAAAAAACAGGACUACUGGAACUUAUGAGCAAGUUGCAGUGACUGACAAGUUUGCCUAUGUUCCAAUACUCCAAACAUUACAGAACAUUUUAAAGCACCCAAACACCACAUGCAGGUUCAAGUCAGGUUUACCUAAUAAAAAGGGUAUUUACUCUGAUAUUGAAGAUGGACUGUACAUAAAAAGUAAUCCCCUGUUUUCGACUGAAAAAAAUGCACUUCAGAUUCAAUUGUAUUAUGAUGAAUUCGAAACUGCCAAUCCUUUGGGCUCAAAAAAGGGAAUUCACAAAUUAGGCGGUAUAUAUUUUACUUUGAGAAAUUUCCCACCACAAUUUAAUUCAUCUCUAACAAACAUACAUUUAUGUGCACUUUUCCAUGCCCAAGACAUCAAAACAUAUGGAUUUGAUGCAAUAUUGGAACCUAUUGUCAAUGACAUAAAAGUCCUUGAAAACAAGGGUAUACAAGGACCUGCUGGUUUUGUGCGUGGAAGCAUUGUCCAAGUAACGGGAGAUAAUCUUGGUUUACAUGGCCUUUUUGGAUUUGUUGAAUCUUUUAGAGCUCGGAAUAACUGUAGGUUUUGUCUCACUGAAAGGGAAGAUUAUCAAACUGUGUUCUGUGAAGAUGAGCCAAAUGUAACUUUCCGCACCAAAGAAACACACGUACGACACUGUGAAGCUCUACAAUCAGACCCAACACUACAACAUGUUUGUGGUGUGAAACGUACAUGUUUGUUAAACACUCUGCAGUACUUUAAUAUAUCAGACAACUUUUCUGUAGACAUAAUGCAUGAUAUUUUAGAGGGAGUUGCUCAGUUUGAAUUAAAACUUGUUUUAAAGUAUGUUCAAGCUAAUUUUUUGACAGCGAAAGAGUUGGAUGGCAGAUUAAAUUCAUUUAAUUAUGGGUACAUGGAGAGGAGAAAUCGGCCUCCUUCUGUAAAACUGGAUGACGAGAGCAAUGAUUUGGGCAUAAAUGCAAUACAGUGUUGGUGUCUACUUCGAAAUGUGCCGCUGAUAUUUGGUGACAUUGUGCCCCAAGACGAUAAAUACUGGCAAUUACUACUACUUUUACUACAAAUAGUGAACAUUGUAUUUUCUCCCAUUUUAACUGAAGGACUUACUGUUUAUUUGAAACACUUAAUUACUGAGCAUCACAGGCUGUUCAAGUGCUUAUUCCCAGGAAAGAAUCUGCUGCCUAAACAUCAUUUAAUGUGUCACUACCCUCGGUGUAUACGAAAUAUUGGGCCUAUUGUUCACAUGUGGUCAAUGCGAUACGAGUCCAAACACAAUUUCUUCAAGACUCAACCAAAAUGUUUCAAGAACAUAACUAAGACGCUUGCCAAAAAACAUCAGAAUUUCAUGGCAUAUAACUGGGAAGCCUUUAACCAUGACAGAAUUGUACUUGGACCAGGAAAGAAUGUGUGUGUCAGUGACUUGAAUGAAAGUGUUCAGAUUGCAUCUAAGUUGAACAUUCCUACAGAAACAAAUGUUCUCUCAGUGAAAUGGGUGAAGUAUAAUGGAACUGAAUAUCGUUCUACCUUAGUUAUUUGUGGUCAGGUAGACCUUGAUUUGCCAGUGUUUUAUAAAAUCAGGGAUAUUAUUGUCAGAAAUGAAUGCGUGUUACUGGUUACAUCGCAGCUCAAAACUGUUUGUUUUGAUGAACAUCUUUUUGCCUACAGAAUUGAUCACAGACCCAGCGCAUCUCUGAAAGUGUUUACUGUCAGUGAACUCACUUAUUACAAACCUUUUGAUGUGCAGAUGUCCUAUGGGUCUGAUAAUUUCUUUUGUUUUGUUGUACCCUACUGUAAUCUUAUUCAAAUUUAGCUGUCACUUGUUCAUGUCUCUGUGAAGUUAAUGAGUUUGUUUUAUCCAUUUUGUAUUUCUGUGCAACCCCUCAUGAAUUUGACUGAACUGUUGAAUGUUGUUUUAAAGUAGCCACUUUGCCCAGUUUUUAAAUAAAAAAUAGUUGU